UUUGCCUCUCUCUUUUGCGCUCUCGCUCUCUCUCUCUUUCUCUCUCUCUCUGUGUUUGUGUGUGUGCAUAUGCGAUUGGAUUUGUGUACAUUUCCAGUGCCUCUCAGCACAGCGGCGUGUCUGAAUGAGGAACUGAAGCUGCAUUGAGGAAACAUACAGUUCUUGUAGUGAAAAACUCCCCACAUCACAAUCGAUGUACGGGGUUUGUGGUUGUUGCGGGGCACUCAGGCCUCGGUACAAGAGACUGGUCGACAACAUCUUCCCAGAGGAUCCGGAGGAUGGACUGGUCAAGGCCAAUAUGGAGAAGCUGACAUUUUAUGCCCUGUCAGCUCCAGAGAAACUGGACCGUAUCGGGGCCUACCUGUCUGAGAGGCUGUCACGGGAUGUGGCCCGGCAUAGAUAUGGAUAUGUGUGUAUAGCCAUGGAAGCCCUGGACCAGCUGCUGAUGGCCUGCCACUGCCAGAGCAUCAACCUGUUUGUGGAGAGCUUCCUCAAGAUGGUGCGCAAGCUGCUGGAGUCUGACAAACCCAACCUGCAGAUCCUAGGAACCAACUCUUUUGUGAAGUUUGCUAAUAUAGAAGAGGACACUCCGUCGUACCACCGCAGCUACGACUUCUUUGUGUCCCGCUUCAGUGAAAUGUGCCAUUCAAACUAUGAGGAUCCGGACAUCCGUACCAAGAUUCGGAUGGCGGGGAUUAAAGGUCUGCAGGGUGUGGUGAGGAAGACUGUGAAUGAUGAGUUGCAGGCAAAUAUCUGGGAUCCUCAGCACAUGGACAAGAUUGUCCCCUCUCUGCUGUUCAACCUGCAGAGUGGAGAGCGCACAGAGAGCCGCUCUCCUUCUCCGCUGCAGGCGUCGGAGAAGGAGAAGGAAAACCCCGCGGAUCUGACAGAACGCUGUUUCAGGGAGCUGCUGGGUCGAGCCGCCUAUGGCAACAUCAAGAAUGCCGUCUCGCCCGUCCUGAUGCACUUGGACAACCACUCUCUAUGGGAGGGAAAGACCUUUGCUGUGCGUUGCUUCAAAAUCAUCAUGUACUCCAUCCAGUCCCAACACUCUCACUUAGUAAUCCAGCAACUCCUGGUCCAUCUGGAUGCUAACAGCAAGAACUCGGCCAAAGUGCGGGCUGGCAUUGUGGAAGUGCUGCUGGAGGCUGCUGCCAUCGCAGCCAGCGGCUCCGUUGGCCCUACAGUGUUGGAGGUGUUCAACACCCUGCUGAGACAGCUGCGCCUCAGCGUGGACUACGAGUUGACCGGCUCGUAUGACGGCUCCACCAACAUCGGCACCAAGAUCAUCAAAGCUCACGAGGAGCGGCAGCUGCAGGAGGCUGUCAUCAGGACCAUUGGCUCAUUUGCCAACACAUUACCCACAUACCAGAGGUCAGAGGUCAUGCUGUUCAUCAUGGGAAAGAUUCCUGUCCCUGGAGUAAAUUUGACUCUUUCCCCUAACGAACCUGUGCCUCAGGGAACACGAAUGAUUCAGAUUAUGUUGCUCAAGUCCUUGGUACAGGUGACAACGGGUUUCCAGACCACCAAUAUGCUCACAGCAUUGCCAGACACUUUCCUGGACCCUCUGCUGUCCUUCUCUCUAAUCAAUCACCCGGAGGUCCGGUUACUUGUUCUCCAGAUUCUCCUCAGCCUCAUCGACAGGCAUGACAACAGGCCCAAAUUCUCAAAAAUCUGCAUCAUCUCUGACAUCUCUGUGCUGAAACUCAAAGUUGACAAGUGCUCCAGACAGGACAAUUUAUUCAUGAAAAAGCAUGGCCAGCACCUGUGCCGACACAUCUACCUUGGCUGCAAGGAACAGAACAGCGGCCAGCAGCACUAUGAGACCCUCUAUACUCUGUUGGGUCUUCUUAGCGUGGAGUUGGCAAACGAAGAGGUGGUGGUGGACCUCAUCCGACUGGCACUCGCCUUGCAGGACUUGGCCCUGUCCACGGAGGAGGGUCUGACUAUUUAUAACCGCUGUGCUGUGCAUGCCCUCUCCGCCGCCUACCUCAAUCUCAUCUGCCAGCUCACCACCGUCCCAGCCUUCUGCCAACACAUACAUGAAGUAAUUGAGGUGAGACAGAAAGUAAGUCCUUACCUUUUGCCUGAGGGUGUCUUUCUUCAGAAUCCCAAGCUGCCACCUCUGCUGGAGAAGGUGGAAAGUGGUGUUUUGUUUCUCCAGUCGAAGAUUGCAGAGGUCCUGGGAGGAAGUGGUUACAACACGGACCGACUGGCAACGCCCUACGUCCCACAGUACACCGAUGAGGACCGGCUAAUCAAAAGAAAGAGCAUUGGGGAGACCAUCUCGCUUCAGGUGGAGGUUGAGUCCCGAAACAGUCCAGAGAAAGAGGAGAGGACUCCGGCAGAAGAAAUCACAUUUGAAACCCUGAAAAAUGCCAUUGUGGACAGUGCUGGUAUGGAGGAGCAGGAGAGGGAGCGGCGGAGACAAGUGGUGGAGAAGUUUCAGAAGGCACCAUUCGAGGAAAUUGCUGCCCAUUGUGGUGCCAGGGCCACGAUGCUACAGAGCAAACUGAAUCAGAUAUUUGAGAUCACAAUCAGACCCCCUCCCAGCCCAUCUGGAACCAUUUCCUCGGGUUACGGCCAAAGCCAGAGUCGAUCUGUUCCCAUUUAUGAGAUGAAGUUUCCCGAUCUUUGUGUGUAUUAGAGCACAAAGUUUCGCAGCGACGCAACGAAACUGAUUAACUUUUUUUUUAGGUUCAGGGAUGAGCUACCGAUCUUUACUGUAAACUGAUCUCGAUCGUGGAAUCAGACGUUAGAUGAAACUUUAGAGCGAGACACUUUAUAGUUGUGUGAAAAGGUCUUUUAUGGUUUGAUUGCAACCAGAACAAGCUGGCAAAAGUAAUCAAAACACAAUAAACUCUCUUGAUUUACUUUUAAUUGUAGAAACUCCACUGGUUGGAUUAUCAAAUUUAGAGAUUUCCAAGAACUGUGACAGAGAAGCUUUGUGUGUCUCCUGGAUCUGGGAAUGUUACUGGCACUGUAAUCUCUGGAUGUUCCUUGUGUUUUUUGUUUGUCCCAGACAGGGUGCCAUACCUAACAAAAUUAGAUUAACCCAGGGGUGGGCAAUUAAUUUCUUCAGGGGGCCGCAUGAAAAAUCUGAAAUAUGUUGGAGGGCCGAUCCAGCAAUGACUCAAAUUUAAUCUUGACUCAUUAUUCAUUUUCUCAUACCUCUUGUUGUAAUAAAAUAUUUAAAUCAUAUUCUUUUGUUAAGAAGAAUAUUCAGUAAAUAUUAAUAAAAAUUAAUUUGUGGUUUGGCUGAAGUAAGAAUUAAUACUAUCAAAUUAAUAGUUUAAAAAAAUAUCACAUGUGAAUUUAUUUUUAACUUUUUAAUCUCUCCACAAUUGAAAUGGUGUGUGUUAUAUUAAUCAACUGAUCAACUGCAUAUAUGAGCAAUAAAUGGUUUUAAGUGUUGGAAAAAGCCUGACGAACCUGCAGUGCUGCAACUUGAAGGACUAACACAAAAGUACCUCCAAUCAGAUGCAAAUGAAUGGGAAAACAAGUACCACAAAGUACUUUAAAUACAGCAGAAACUUAAAGAGGUACACACACAAAACUAAUAUCACUUUAGGUAACAUUAAAAUAACUCAUUACAAAAUGUAAUUACAAAAUGAAACUGUAAUGACUUGAAAACUUGUAAGAACCAAAACUGAAAUACUACAAGGAAUAGACAGCUUCAAGUAUCUUUGUCCUGGAUUCUCUUAAAUAAACCAACUUUUUUUCCUGUGAGAUUUGGACACCCAUCUGUUGUCAGGCCCACCAGUUUGUCCCUGUUCAGACCCAAGCUUUCCAGACACGCAUUUACCUCUACUAAGAGCUCACUCCCUGUUGUUGUCCCUUUCAUUGUGAUGCCUGCCAGCUCCAGCUGGGCAGUGUCCCGUAUGUCACAGCUCUCAUCCAAAGCCAGGGGAAAAUACCGGUUCUCAAAAUCAUUCACGCUGUCUUUCAGUUGCAGCACCAGGUUCGUCGCGAUGUCCUCAAUCCUUCUCGUUACGUUUGCGGCGGGAGAGGGAGAUGUUCUCAAAAGCGUCUUUAUUCUCAGGACAUAUUAGCACUGCUUAAUAUACUCUCCGUCAGAGAAAGGUUUGCUCUUCCUAGCAAUCUUGUGGGAUAUGACAAAACUUGCCUUGACUGCAGCUCCUCUAGAUGCCAGGCGUUUUGUAAAAAGUGUUUGUUGAGCUUGCAACUUUGAAAAGUUCUUGUAUCUCUUUCUCGUGUUUGGUCACGUGACGGUGGAUAUUAUAUUCCUUUAACACAGCCUCCGCGCACCACAAACUAACACACGGCCUUGCCUUUGACUUCAAUAAAGAAAUAUUUCGCUGUCCAUGCCUUGUUAAAAUGUAGAAUUCGAAUCAACUUUUCUUUUUUACCGUGAGAUGACAUUUUGUGGGGAUCUAGCUGUCACCUGUUGCUGUGCGUUAGCAUUUACGUCACGCAGCAUUCAUAAACGGUGCGUCAAGCCCUUUCAAAAUAAAAGACAGCUGUGUCGCAUGCACACGAAAAUACGGUGUUUUGUUUUGACUGGGGGGACGCGGGCCGGACAGGGAUGCCCAACGGGCCAUAUCUGGCCCGCGGGCCUUAAAAUGCCCAGGUCUGGAUUAACCAGUCUCAUUUUUCUAACAUUUUCUGUUUAUUUAUUUAGAUCUAUACACUAGAGAGAGUAUUUGACUUUUUUCUUUUAUUCAUGAAUAACUCUUGUUAUUCUGUAGGUUUUCUUUGCCUUCUCAGUGUUGGCCAAAAGUGCUUUUUCAUUUUGUGAUGGGCAUUUAAUUCCUUAUUUUUUACUCGUAUUUAUUUUGAUUCUAAUAGUUUCUAACAGAGAAAAGAUAAUUAAAACAAAACCUGUGCCACACGUGACCACACAAACUCCUGAAAUGCAAUGUUUACAACAUUGGAAAAUACUAUAAAAAUAAUUAUUUUUUUCGUCCCAUAUAAAUGUGUAUAUAUAUAUAGAGAGAACUAUAUAAGUCUAUAAGCCUAUGUACAGAGCAGGGAUGUUUUCUGUGUGUACAUUUCUGUUUUUAACUGUCGCUUCACUGGUUGUCUCCAAUAAGUUAAGGGAAAAAAUCUGAAGCAACCAGCAACACAUAAAAUCAAAAUGAGCAGUCUACUUCCGAAACAGAAGCUUGUUCCAGCAGCUUCACCUGGACCUGCAUUAUUACCGCUGCAUCCUCGGCUCUGCAGGAUUGGCUUCCCAGCGGUGCAUCUGUCUUGUCGAGAUUUAAUAAGCCAUUUAGUGCGCAGGAGCGUGCAAAAAACACACACAGGUACAAAAACAAGGUAUAAUGGCAAUAAUUUGGCAUGAGCCUGGUAAACGCGGUCCUACUGUUGGUAGCAGAUUCCUUUGUGCAUUGUCGAAGCGUGCCUCUUAUCGUCGUGGUGCUGUGAUGGCUCAGUGUGUGACGUUUUAAAGGAAUGCACUCCCUCUCUUGAGCUUCUUUGACUGAGUUGCAUCUGUCUCAUUUUAUGUAGAUGCAGAGUUUUUUUUCGUCUUUAAACAUGUAGGGUCAAAUGCGUCCAUCAGUUUACCAAAUCGUUGCCCCCCCUUUUUAAAAAAAUAAAAUAAAAAAAAUAGUGUGAGUGGGCGUGUUUGUUCAUGUGUCUGUGUAAACACAGAUGUGUCUUUAUCGUUGUUACCGGAGACCAAACCCUUCAGACACAGUUUACAGUCUUGUCCAGUGACUGACUCCUCCUGGUUCAUGAAGAACAACCCGUUGAUGCAGCAGCACACAGCUGCCCGAACCCUUCAGUGGCGCAUCGUAAUGCCGUAUUUUCCGAAUCAGAUCUGUAAAUCUGUCUGCUUGUUGUCAUUGCAUUGUGUAAUGUGAUACUAGCUUACGGCAAUUCUGACUUAGUUUUUUUUCUUCAUGACAUGUCUGGUUAAUAGAUCCAUUUGCAAUGUAGUGCUGUAGUACAAAUUGAUUCAUUCUGUGGACUUUGCACUUUAAAAACUGGAUUACCUAGUGACAAAGGCAGCUUUUACAUGGAGAAAAUGCCUUACAUGUGUCAUACCUGACUUUGCAUGCUAGUCGACUCGUAGCUGUUAUACAAUAAAUGUAUCUCAAACCAUGAA